AGGCCAACUUUAGCAAGCAGAAUCAGCCAGGCACCAAUCAUCAUUCGAGCAGUGUUGUUUGGAUGUGAGUUCGGCUUUGCAAUUUGCGAAUGUUACUCUGGCAACGAGACUAAUAUCCGUGUCAUGUCAAAAACAAAUGACUAGAAGUGAUCUUGCUAUGCGAAUACCGUUCGCACAGGUGGGCUGGACUCGUGCGCAGGGUCAGCGGUCCAGACGACAACUGUCAAUAUGAAGUUCUAGUGCUUCUUCUAUACUCUGUAAACUGUUGCCUAGAUAUCAAAAAGCUCGAGGCAACUACUGCACAAUCCGACUCAUUAAAGAGUCGGAUUAUUAAAAAGUCAUAACUUGUCGUAUUGAACAAAGGCGAAUAAAAAAAAACAGGCAGUGAUUUACGUACCCGUUAAAAGACAGUUGUCAAGACAGGAAAUCAAACUUCUCCGGCAACAAAUGUUUUCGCUGUUUAAGGAGUUCUGGCUGAUAGCGUCUAUUCCGUAAAUUCAUUCGGCGGAACUGUCAAGCUAUUCGUUCGUUGAGUGGAAACGUUUGUUAAACGAACAAUGGAAGCUCUGUAUGCGGCACCAUUUUGCGUACUUCACGCCCCGAAUUUGCGCAUGCGAAAACCCUCAUGGCUACGCCAGCCUUCCCCAAUGACGGUAUACUCGCUGGUGCUUAUAAGCUAUUUUCUUGUUUGCGGCGGAAUCAUUUACGACGUAAUUGUCGAGCCACCAUCAAUUGGAAACACCAUCGAUGAACGCGGCCACUCGAAACCUGUGGCAUUCAUGCCGUAUCGCGUAAACGGCCAAUAUAUUAUGGAAGGACUGGCGUCGUCUUUCCUGUUUACAGUUGGUGGCUUAGGUUUCGUCGUUCUUGAUCGAGUUCAAGCUCAACCAUCAACGCCACGCCUAAAUAAGAUUCUAUUGACCGCUGUCGGCUUCAUUUGUAUCCUGGUGUCAUUUUUUACGUGCUGGAUCUUCAUGAAGAUCAAACUUCCUGGGUAUCUGAUGGGAUAAGCAAAUCCACCCCGAAUUGAUUUCCGGUUCAAGAGUUUUUUAGAGAGCUUUAUAUAACAGUGGAUCUGCGUUGUAAAUACGUAGGGGAGUGACAUCGAUUUCAAGUAAAGCUCCUCCGAGUCAACAAUUUAGAGUAACAAAACAAUUAUAUUAGCGUUUAUUGCGAUUUCAUACGUGCAUGGAUGGACAUGAAAAUAUGUACUAAUGAAUGGUCUGAUGUAAAUGAAUGGUAAAAAAAUCUUGGAGCGAACUUCCGGAGCAAAAUUCGGAAUGAAAUUUAACUGAACGCUGAUCACAUAUGAGGCGAUUCUGCUGAUGUUAUGUUAAUUUAUAGUAAUUAUCUAUUGAUAUUGGAACUUGAUGAAUUGUUUCUAUGAAAUGCAUUUUCUUACAAAGUCGGGUAAAAGGAACUUUGUACACAAAUAUUUGAAAUAGUAAAUCGAGCGAUAACCUGAACGUUAAACCAAUUAUAAGUCGAUAUAAAUAUAACAAAAUCGUACGUUUAUUUUUUAAUAUAGCAUUUGUACAUUCUUGCACGCUUUCUUUGCGCUCAGUCUGCGAUUCUAUCAUGCCUCAUCUUCGCAAACACCAUUCUUUCUAGCAGAAACACUUGGAGGGUUACUAUUGCACUGAAUAAAUACUAAGAAAACAAAAGUUCUGUACCGAA